AUGUCAAACAAACCACCACCGCCAGUUGAUCUCGAUAUAUUGAAGGUCCGAUCCAACCCUGCAGCCAAAGAUGUGGAUUUUGGUGAAGUCCUGGAAACACAUGUCACUCCACAGAUGGAAAGAAAGGUUCUCUGGAAACUUGACCUUUUUCUCAUCCCUCUCAUGGGAUUCUGUUACAUGCUUCAAUAUAUGGACAAGUUGGCCCUUAGUCAGGCAACGCUAUUUGGACUAACAGAGGACCUGCACCUCAAAGGCACCGAAUAUAACUGGUCGUCAGCCGUCUUCUACUUCGGAUACCUUGUGUGGAGUUGGCCCAGCUCCUACCUAAUUGUACGACUUCCGCUUGGAAAAUACCUGAGUUUGGCCGUUUUCAUAUGGGGUGGAAUUCUGAUGUGCCACGCCGCCUGUACCUCAUUUAGUGGACUAAUGGCAGCCCGAUUCUUCCUAGGAGUCGGAGAAGCAUCUAUUGCUCCUGGAUUUGCCAUGAUCACAGGAAUGUUCUACAAGAGAGAAGAACAGCCCGCGAGACAGGCAGCCUGGUUCAUUGGAAACUCCAUUGCAUCAAUCAUCGGCGGUCUGGUCGCAUACGGCAUUGGUCUUAUUAAGAACAAUACUGUUAAUAACUGGCAGUUGCUAUUCCUCAUCCUAGGUGCCGUCACAUCUGCCUAUGGAUUCGUUCUAGCAGCCUUCCUGCCGGAUUCCCCAGCCAAGGUGGUGUUCUUCAACCCGACCGAGAAAACAAUUGCUAUACAGCGAACACUUACCAAUAAGACUGGUGUUAUGGAUGUGGGUAAGUUCCGGUGGAACCAGGUCCUAAUGGCCAUUAAAGACCCACAGACUUGGUGUCUUGUGCUAUACACCCUUUGCGUGAAUCUCUGCAAUGGUGGUAUCACCAGUUUCUCGUCUAUUAUCAUUGCCGGGUUUGGUUUCUCCAACCUCAAGGCUCUCAUCAUGCAAAUGCCUAUUGGAGCGGCCCAACUCGUCUUCCUUCUACUUACAUCUGGGUUUGCCACUUUUGUGCGCUCCAGCAGAAUCCCGAUGAUGAUUUUGAACUGUUCAGUCUCCGUUAUUGGAAUGGCUCUCAUCUGGAAGCUGGAUGAUGAAAACCGUGCUGGCAGACUCACUGGUCUCUCCCUCGGAGCAGUGUUCGCAGCCAACAUUCCUCUAUCGCUGAGUCUCAUCAGUUCAAACGUCGCUGGAUUCACGAAGAAGAGUACCGUCAGCGCCAUGAUGUUUGUGGCAUACUGUGUUGGAAAUAUCGUCGGUCCUCAGUUCUUCAUUCCUUCUGAGAAGCCUGCGUAUCCCACUGGUAUAAAAGCAGCCAUGUCUGGCUUGGUUUUGGGUAUCUUCUUUUUAAUUUGCCUCUACGUGUUUUACGUUUGGGAAAACCGUCGUCGUGAUCGGCUUUACGGAUCUCCGAGACAAUUGACCGAGGCAGAGGAGCUCCAGGAUGAGUUCUCCAACAAGACAGACCAUGAGAUAGAGAGUUUCCGAUAUGUCCUCUAG